UCUUGAUGAACAGUUGUCUGCGAGGCAGAACCGAGGGUAGGAGGAGUUAGAUGUGGGAAAGUAUGUAAAAAAGGGCACAGAAUCCUGAGAGGUGGAGUGCUCUGCCAGUGACUAUCAGCAUUACACCCAUUGCUCAUGCAGACAACAUCACACAAGCAGAUAGCAGGGGAUUACUGGGACAUCAAGCUGUGGUCUCCACCUGGACACCUGGUUUGUGGCUUCAUUGUCCUGCAUGAUACAACCUAAGGAGGAGUUUUACCUGCCUCUUAUUUUCACCUUGAUCUCAGUCAUUCAGGGGCACACAUCAAGGACACUCUACGACUUCUCUACCUACUGAUCCCAUUGCCUGUGGAAACCUGAUCAAUCAUAUGAGCCAUGAAGUCUACUGCAUCUGUUACUCUACUCUUGUGGUUCACUUUUGCAAUAGGAAAGGCCGCCAAAAUGAUCAUUGUUCCGCCAGUAAUGUUUGAAAGUCACCUGUAUAUAUUCAAGACGGUGGCCACUGCACUACAUGACAAAGGCCAUGAAUCUGUCUUCCUGAUUUCAGAAGGAAGGGACAUACCACCAUCAAGUCAUUAUCAAGUUCAACGCUAUCCAGGGAUAUUUAACAGCACCACAUCUGAUCAAUUUCUCCAGUCUAAGAUGAAAAAUAUAUUUUCUGGGAGGUUCACAGCAUUAGAAAUGUUUGACAUUCUGGAUCAUUAUUCGAGGAAUUGUGAUAUAAUGGUGGGAAACCAAGAACUGAUGAAUCGCUUAAAAAAAGAAAACUAUGACAUGGUGAUUGUCGAUCCAAAUGAAAUGUGUGGAUUUGUCAUAGCCAAUAUUUUGGAUAUAAAAUAUGUUGUAUUUUCUACUGGACUAUGGUUCCCUGUUGAGGUUGGUGCCCCCGCACCCUUAUCGUAUGUCCCAGAGUUCAACUCACUCCUCACUGAUCGCAUGGGCUUACUGGAAAGAAUAAAGAAUACAAUAGUUUAUUUAGUUUCUCGAUUUGGAAUAAAUUUUAUUGUCUUACCAAAAUACGAUAGAAUAAUGAGUAAGCACAACAUUCUGCCAGCAAGAUCCAUGUAUGAGUUGGUACAAGGAUCCUCCCUUUGGAUACUUUGCACAGAUGUUGCCCUGGAAUUUCCUAGACCUACUCUCCCCCAUGUUGUCUAUGUUGGAGGAAUUCUCACCAAACCAGCCAACCAGCUACCACAGGAUUUUCAAACCUGGGUGGACAAUGUGGAUGAACAUGGCUUUGUAUUGGUAUCAUUUGGGGCAGGAGUAAAAUUUUUAUCUGAAGACAUAGCAGAGAAACUAGCAGGAGCCCUUGCCAAAUUGCAUCAGAAAGUCAUUUGGAGGUUUACAGGACCCAAGCCUAGGAAUUUAGGUAACAACACAAAACUGGUGGAAUGGUUACCUCAGAAUGACUUGCUCGGACAUCAAAAAAUUAAGACCUUCCUUAGCCAUGGAGGACUGAAUGGUAUUUUUGAAGCCAUGUACCAUGGGGUUCCAGUAGUUGGAAUCCCUCUUUUUGGAGACCAUUAUGAUACUAUGACAAGAGUGCAGGCUAAGGGUAUGGGAAUUCAUCUGGAUUGGAGUCGGAUGACAACGGAAAGUCUAUAUGAGUCCCUCUCAGAUGUUAUCCAUAAUCCCAGUUAUCGACAGCAAGCACAGAAGUUAUCAAGAAUUCACAAGGAUCAGACAGGUCAUCCUGUCACCAGGGCAGCUUUUUGGAUUGAUUAUGUCCUUCGGCACAAUGGAGCUGAACAUCUUCGUGCGGCCACCUAUGGUGUUUCUAUUGUCCAGUACUUCUUGGUUGAUAUUGUUUUCCUCACAGUGAUUGUUGUUAUUUCAGUAUGGUAUGUGAUUUCUAAAAUCAGGAAAUAUUUGUUGAAAAGCAAUGUUACAGACCAUAGUACCACCAAUGGAUUCUACCAUAAUGGUCUAUCAAAUGGAAAGCACAAAAAGAACAAUCACAUUAAACAUAAAGAGAAAGUUAAAUGAAUCAACUUAAAAGUAUAUUGAAGGAACCACUGUAACACGGAUUCUAACUCUUGUCAGUACUACUGGAGUCUUCACUGCAUACAUGGAAAUACACCUGCAUAGUAGGCCUUGGCACCAAUGACCAUUCACUUCAAUCAGCAUUUAUUUCAAGGUUAUUGUUUUUUAUCUACUGUACGAGCACUGAAUGACUUGAAGUUUAGUCCAUACUAACAUUUCUAAACAGUAAGGGCCCUUUCACACUUGCGUUCUUGUCUUCCGGCAUAGAGUUCCGUCGUCGGGGCUCUAUGCCGGAAGAAUACUGAUCAGGAUUAUCCUAAUGCAUUCUGAAUGGACAGUCC